AAUCAUCUUCGUUCCGAACAUGUCAAACGAUGUCCGGGUUCCCCAUGUAGAAGAAAAAAUGGAAACUCGGAAAGUGUAAAAAUCAUUUUUCGUUCAUUAAAAUCAAUAAUAAAGACACAUGUUGUUAGAAAAAUCAUUAAAUAUUAAUUAUCUAUAAGAUUGUAUAGAUUGAAAUGCGAAGAUUUGGAAUUCGUAAAAUUUAUCGAAGUUUUAAGGUUAGAAUGUCUGCCCGUUUUCUGAAAAAUAUGGUACAUGGGAAACCGGGGAUCGUUUGACAUUUUCGGAAUGAAGAUGAUUGGUCAACUCCCAUCAAACUACUUUUCCGAUUCCGUUAUUCCUGUUUUGUCUACUAUACAUGGGACAGCAUUCUAAGACCGUGAUCAGUACAUUUCAGAACACACUCUAUAUCAUAUCUCGAAAAAACGCCCUCUACGGUGACUUUCCGGCAGACCUCUUAACCUCUGCUUUCAAAAUUUACAAAAUAUAACCUAUGUUAAUAGAUGACAAAUCUUGAGAUUUUUUCUUGUCAUUGCCAGUAUAACAUAAGUUCAGUAUUAAUUGUGUAAUGGCUAUGCACGUAGCAACAUUAACUACUAGACUCAUUAGGCCCACAUAUCAAAACAAGUGUGUAGUACUUAGAUAUAUGAGUACUACUUGUGAUCAUGGAAAGAGUUUAGUUUAUCAGGAAUAUGGAGAGCCAAUCAAGGUCCUUUCUAUGCAACAGAUACCAUUAAAGAAACCUGAGGAUAAUCAGGUUUUAGUGAAAUGGCUGUUGGCACCGGUAAACCCUGCAGAUAUAAAUACUAUCCAAGGAAGAUAUCCAAGUAAACCUGCGUUACCAGCUGUCCCAGGUAAUGAAGGUGUGGGAGAGGUAGUAAUUGUGGGAUCGAAAGUACAGGGUUUAGAAGUAGGAGACCGAGUGGUACCGAAUGGUGUGAAUAUGGGGACAUGGAGAACACACGCAGUGUAUAAUAAGGAUGAAGUUUUGAAGAUUCCAAAAAAUAUAGGGAUGGUGGAAGCUAGUAUGAUAAAUGUUAAUCCUUGUACAGCUUAUAGAAUGCUGAAAGAUUUUGUGCCUUUAAAACCAGGUGACACAGUUAUACAAAAUGGUGGAAAUUCUGCUGUGGGUCAAAUAGUUAUACAAUUGUGUAAAGCAUGGCAUUUAAAAAGUGUCAGUAUUGUUAGGGACAGACCUGAAAUUAUAGAACUGAAGGAUCAUUUGAAAAGUCUGGGAGCUCAUGAAGUAUUAACUGAAUCUGAACUCAGAAAAACAGAAAUUUUUAAAAGUAAACAAUAUUUGCAACCGAAAUUGGCAUUAAAUUGCAUCUGUGGUCAGAAUGCAUUAGAAGUGUUGAGACAUUUGGAUCAUUCUGGUGUAAUGGUGACCUAUGGUGGAAUGUCCAGAGAUCCUCUUACUGUACCAACAUCCGCGUUAAUUUUCAAGAAUAUAACUAUAAAAGGUUUUUGGAUGACGGCAUGGACAAAAGCGCACAUGGAGUCGAAAGAACGUACUGAAAUGUAUAACGAAUUGGAGGAAUUAAUUAAUACAAAAAAUUUGCAAGCCCCACCAUAUAAACUGAUUGCAUUUGAUAAAUUUCAAGAGGCUGUACUCAACGCUCUCAGUAUCAAUGGUAAAGCGGGAUUAAAAUAUAUUUUAGAUAUGACUCAAAAAUAAGGUAUGAACAUUUUAUACAAUAAUACGAAUGUCUCACAAUCGAAGCAUUUAAUAUUCGAAUUUUAAUGUGUCUGAUUAUACAAAUAUCUACGGCAGAAUAUUACAUUAGUUCAGAAUAAAAAUGUCGGUUUCCUCUUUGAAAAUAUUAACAAAGUUAAUUUUAUAGUUUAGGAAACCGUUUAUUAAAUAUGUGUACUGUUUGUAUGAUUUGCAAGCACAAAGAAUAAAUAUAUAAUUUAUACUGGA